UUAAUUUAUAUUCGUAUGUAGACUAAUUCACGUGAUUAGAUGACCUCGGUCACGUGACCGGAUAAUUCGGACAAAAUUUCUUUCGGCCCGCAAUUUUGGCACCAUAAAAAUAUUAUACGUAUUUCGUAAUUUUAACGGAUAAUUUUUAUUAAUAUUAUGUUACAGACGAAUAGAAAUUAAACGAGUAUAGAAGCGUAAGUGCGUGAUUGAUGUAGAAGUCGUCUGUCUUUUGAAUUACGACAGAAGUUCGAACGUUUAAAUGUUGAGUCAUUUAUUUUACAUUGCGGAUAUCUUUUACGAAUAUUUGAUAAUUCCUUUCAUUAAUAUCGAAGAAUUCGAAUGGAAGUUAUUAAGAUCUUUACUCAUCCUGCUAUUUAUCAAUUUAGUAUUCAUUACACUGGCUUGGAAUAAAUAUGGAAACAAAAUAAGUGAAAGGUUUAUGAAGCCAGCUGCCAACAAAAUACUUGAAGAUCUGAAAAAAGAAGCCACUGAAUUAAAAUUACCAAAAGAACAUACUCCUAGAAUAUAAUAAACAAAAGUCGAAUUGAAAAGUCGAAUUAUGGCAGAAAAGAUAAAAAAUUUUUUCAAGAAAAAAAAGGUAGACAAGGAAUUCAAAUCAGCAGGGCCAGGGCACAGAUUAUGUGAAGAACCACAUGUAAGUUCGAAACCAAGUUAUUGGACAAAUCCGUCUUCAUCUAACAAACGUUAUGAGCCAACAGAAGGAGUGAAAAAAGCCGGUGAAGCUGCUCUUGCUCGUAUUCAACAGCAACAACAAACUCAAAACCCAAAUUGGUCCCAGGCUGCAAUAAGAGCUCAAGCAAGAAAAGAAAUAGAGCUUGAAUUACAAGUGAAAGAAAAAGAAAAACAUAGACAAGAUGAUAAAGUGUCUUAUACUACUAGUGCACCAGUACUUGCAGUCAGUGGGGUUUAUUUUUUUUGUCCAUUAAUUGGUCCUGUUGUUUCAACUUAUAAUGAAAUUGAAGAAAAGAUAAAAGAUUAUUUUUAUGAGCAGCUUUAUGAAGAUAGAACUAUUGUAUCUAGUCUAAUAAUAAAAAGCUGUAAUAAAGACAGAGAUAAGGUGAAAAUUGGAGUUGACACAAUUUGUAAAUACUUCAAGAAUAUUAUAGAUAAUCCAGAGGAGGAAAAAUAUCGCAAAAUUAAAAUGAGUAAUAAAAUUUUUCAAGAAAGAAUUGUUACACUAGAGGGAAGUUGGGAUUUUUUUAUAAGUGCAGGAUUUCAACAAGAAACUUUAGAAAAGGAUGAUGCUAAAGAGGAUUAUUUGGUAUUUCCUAAAGAUAAUACAACAGACACAUUAGAGACAGCAAUAGACAUUUUGAAAUCAGCUGAGCCAGUUCUACCACAAUUAGAUCGUAGUAUUAGGGUUCUAAUGCCUAGUGCAUCUUCUAUAAAAAUUAAUUUACCUGAUGAAUUCUUUGGAUUGAGUGCUGAAGAAUUGAGAAAAGAACAGGAAGAAAGAACAAAUAGAGUGGAAUUACUAACUCAACUUCGAACCAAAGAAAUGAGGGAGAGAGAUGAAAAAAGACAUUGCCGCUAUUAUAAAUAUACUUUGAUUCGCAUCAGAUUUCCAGAUGGAAUACUUUUACAGGGGACAUUUUACUCUCACGAAACAUUGAAAGAUAUAAAAGAAUUUUUAAAUGAGCAUCUUUUAAAUACAAAUGUCACUUAUACUUUAUUGGCUCCUGGUGGAACAAAACUGACAAACGAAGAUGAAAUGUUACGUGAUUUACAGCUUUCCCCGGCUGCGGUAUUAAAUUUGCAUGCGGACGAACAAGAAUCGGAGGACGAAAAACUACUAUUAAAACCAGAAACAAAAGCUCUAGUUUGUGAAAUCUAAUCUUAUCAACUAUUUACAAAAUGCAAAACUAUUUUCUAUAGGCUCUUAUGUAAACUGACCCUUUCUAAAUUAAAUGAAGAUUCUUUACAUGAAUCAAUAUUGUAUAUUAUUAUGUACUGUACAUAUUUAAUGUAAUAUCAUUGUUUUUCAAUAUAGUAUAACAGUAAUCUGAAGAAAUUGAUUUUUGUAUAUUUUAUAUGUUAAAAAUAUUU